AAAGGUGGAACUCUUGCACAAACAUCUGUGUCAUUCAACUCUGAAGCAUAUCUUCAUUCUCAUCACUUCCAUUUUGACCCUAAAUUAGGUCACAGAUCGUAACAAAAAACACCAUGAAAGGAAACAAGCCUUAUCUAGUUGUGAUCCUCAUACAAGCCAUCUAUGCUGCCAUGUUUCUGCUCUCAAAAGCAGCAUUUGACCAUGGCAUGAACAAUUUCAUCUUUGUCUUCUAUAGACAGACCGCAGCCACCAUAUUCCUCAUCCCUUUCGCUUUCUUCUUUCAAUGGAAAACUGCACCCCCUUUGUCGUUCCUGGCCUUCUGCAAGAUCUUUUUUCUUUCUUUUCUGGGGAUCACUGCCAGCUUGGACAUAUAUGGUAUUGCCCUUGUUUACACUUCUGCUACUUUGGCUGCUUCUAUCACAAACUGUCUCCCAGUCAUCACCUUUUUCUUAGCGUUGCUGUUCAGGAUAGAAGUUUUGAAGGUAAAGAGUGCCCCUGGUGUUGCUAAGUUGGUUGGAGUAGUGGCAUGCUUAACUGGAGCAGCAACCCUUGCUUUCUAUAAAGGUCCUCAUUUGGAACUUUUAAGCCAUUAUAACCUUUUAGGGUACCAUAAAAACCAACAACACCUGGGUCAUGUUGCAUCUCGUUCAUGGAUAAAGGGUUGCUUCCUCAUGCUCCUCUCCAGCACCUUUUGGGGAGUGUGGCUUGUGCUACAGACUUUUGUCAUAAAAGACUACCCUUCAAAGCUGCUCCUCACAACUCUUCAGUGUUUCUUAAGUUCGAUUCAGUCUUUGGGCAUUGCCUUGGCAGUAGAAAGAAACAUUGAGCAAUGGAAAUUAGGGUGGAAUGUCAGACUCCUUGCUGUUGUUUACUGCGGAAUUAUGGUGACUGGUGUAACAUAUUACUUACAAGCAUGGGUUAUAGAGAAGAAAGGACCAGUGUUUCUGGCCAUGGCAACACCACUGUCUCUCAUAAUGACCAUCUUCUCCUCCACAUUUAUCUUGGGCGAAAUAAUAACUUUGGGAAGCCUUUUAGGAAGCAUCGCUUUGGUUAUUGGACUUUACUGUGUGCUGUGGGGAAAGAGCAGAGAGCAAAUGCCAAAAGUUUCCUCGGAUAUGGAGGAGGCACCAUCGAGUUAGAGUGAUUCACAAAUCACAAACUUCUAUGACACGUGAUAUAUACUAUACUUGCAGCACCACCAACACUUUCUUCAGUAAUCUUUUUCCGAUACUUUUUUUAUGAGAAUCAUAGAAGCAGUAUUAGAGAAAAAAACAAUGUGAGAGAGUGUUAUCAUAUACACUUGAAUAGUAUAUUGUUCGGUAGUGUUAAUCUGUCAGAAAAAAAAAAUGUAUGGUUGUAAAGGCAUAUGUUAACUGUGUAUAGUUUGAAUUAGUGCCCAAAUUCUGUUAAUAUUUAUUACGUUUUAAUUAUAAAGCAGCUUGUGUUA